AAAAGUGUCGACGAAACGUCAGAGAGAGAGAGAGACUUGUAAACAAAUAGCGGAAGGUUGACCACAACAGCCUGCUGGGUCAGUGGACACGUUGUGUGGGUGUUGAGUUGUCCUGCUGCUCCUGCUGCUGCUGCUGCUGGUGCUCCUGCUGGUGGUGGUGCUGUGUCUCACCUGAGUCACCUCAUGUAGGUGUGGCUGAGAUUUUUAAGACGAGAAAUGAAGCUGUGAUUUGACUCUUGAGUAGACUUCUGCAACUGGCCAACAGAUGGAGCCGUUGAGUCAUCCUGAUGUGACGAAAGUGAACUGUAGACCCCCUGACCACCAGGGAUCCAUACGUCUCAAGCAGGAUAUUAUGGAGAAGGAGCAUAUAUCUUGUUCGGAUGAAGCCACUGUGCAAGCAAGGUCACGAUCCAAGACAAAGAAGAGAAGGACGUCAACAUCAUCUUCAUCCUCAUCUUCGGCAUCACCAAAUCACAGGGAGGUAAAAAAGAAGAGGAAAAGUGCAAAAUCGGCUUCAUCGAGAUCGUCUUCGUCGUCGUCGUCGUCUUCCUCAUCUUCCUCGUCUUCUUCCUCUUCGUCCUCUUCCUCAUCUUCGUCGUCGUCAUCCUCGUCGUCGUCCUCGGACUCGUCGGGAUCGGAAAUGGACGUGUUCAAUGGCAAACUGAAAGGAAAGGCACUAAAAAAAGCCUUAAAGAAGAGGAAGAAGAGAGAAAAGGCACUAAAGAAAAAACUCAAAAAAUGUAAAAAGCAAGCAAAAGAACAGCAGAAAAAGUCUAUAAAAAAGAAGGUUAAAAGAUUACGUAAGAAGCUGAAAAAGAUGAAGAAGGACAGGAAGAAAGAAAGCAAGCGGUUGAAGAAGAAAGUGGUAACGAAGCAGAAGCACAAACCUGAUGCAGUAAAUCACGUGAAGAGUGAAUCCAGCAAAGAUAAAGGGUCAAAGUCUUCUAAAAAUAAGAUGGAUAUCACCGAAAACGGCUCGUCUUCAGUGGGCCCAAGCCUGGAGAUGAUGACGCCAAGCCAGGCCACAACACCCAUGACCAGAGAGGAAUGGGAGAAGCAGGAGAGUGUGAUGCGACGUGUCUUUGAUCAGGAGACCAACAGGCACAGAUUGAUAAAAGGCUCUGGAGAAGUGAUGGAGGAGUGUGUUAGUCGUGAUCGUCAUCGUUCUAUCAACAAGGCAGCCACACAAGGUGAUGGAGAAUUUUUCCAGGCCAAUAUGAAGUCUCGUGCUUCAAAAUAGUCAUUUCAUUACGUCAGAAAUCAUUUCUCAUCAGCUUUGUAUGCAAUUUUGAUGAGCUUUUGGAAACUUUAGGAAACAUCAUCUUAGUUGUUUUUGAAUAUACAUCUUAAUUUUUUUUAUUAUUUAAGUACAGUAGUUUGUUAUUAUUUAUACCAUUUGCCAACAAAUGAUGAUUGUCAGUCAUUUUUUGUUAACCCUCUGUAUUUAAUUUUUUGAAGAACGAAGUGCAACUAAUUCGCACAUGGGAGAUUAUUGAGGUAAUGGUAUUAAUAGAUGAUUGACAAUGAAAGCAUUAAAUGCUGCAUUUGGGAAUUGCUUGGGUGUAAAUUUUUUACUACAGUAUAUGUAUAAUUAUGCUCACAUUGGGUGUUUAACAAGAUGUGCAUUUAUUGAUAUGUGAAAUAUUGAUUUAAUAAUGAACACCUGAUUAUCUUGUGUGGUAUGAGUGUACUUAUGAAUCUUAUGAGUCUAGUGCAAGAUUCAAAUCUUUAUAUAUCUUGAUGAAUCUUAGAUUAAAAAUCUAAUAAGAUAUUCUUAUUCUUGGAUAUCUAAGAAUGUCUUAAUUUUUGUGGAGAGAAGUUUUUUAGGGGGGUAAAAGGGGGCAAAAUAGUGCUGCAAUUCUUGCUUAAUGUUUAGCAUUUUCUUGUUCCCUUGUCAUCUUUUUUAGUAGAUUACUCACAAACACUUCUCCAAGUUUAAUUGUUACAUUGUAUUCUUCCUUGUAGUUGUCAUAACAUACAAUCAUGAAUGUAGUUUAAAUAAUCCCUCCAUUACCUCAGUGUGUGUUGACGAGUGAUUACGUUUUUAUGCUUACAUGCAACCUAGUUUUGUGUAUAAUUUCAGGGAAAAGUGAUCAUCAAUAAGGGAUUGUUUUAGUGUUGAGAAUGUUCAGUAUUUACUUUCUUUGGGGAGGGAGGGAGGGAGGGAGGGGAGGUACAAUUGCAGAGGUUAAUUGAGAAGGUGUACUGUAGUAAAGCCAGGCAUCAUGAGAUGUGUACUGUAGUAAAGCCAGGCAUCAUGAGAUGUGUACUGUAGUAAAGCCAGGCGUCAUGAGAUGUGUACUGUAGUAAAACCGGGCAUCAUAAGAUGUGUACUGUAGUAAAACCGGGCAUCAUAAGAUAUUUACAGUACUGUAGUAAAGCCGGGCGUCAUGAGAUGUGUACUGUAGUAAAGCCAGGCAUCAUGAGAUGUGUACUGUAGUAAAACCGGGCAUCAUGAGAUGUGUACUGUAGUAAAACCGGGCAUCAUAAGAUAUUUACAGUACUGUAGUAAAACCGGGCAUCAUAAGAUAUUUACAGUACUGUAGUAAAACCGGGCAUCAAAAGAUAUUUACAGUACUGUAGUAAAGCCGGGCGUCAUGAGAUAUUUACAGUACUGUAGUAAAACCGGGCAUCAUAAGAUAUUUACAGUACUGUAGUAAAACCGGGCAUCAUAAGAUAUUUACAGUACUGUAGUAAAACCGGGCAUCAUAAGAUAUUUACAGUACUGUAGUAAAACCGGGCGUCAUGAGAUAUUUACAGUACUGUAGUAAAACCGGGCAUCAUAAGAUAUUUACAGUACUGUAGUAAAACCGGGCGUCAUGAGAUAUUUACAGUACUGUAGUAAAACCGGGCGUCAUGAGAUAUUUACAGUACUGUAGUAAAGCCGGGCGUCAUGAGAUAUUUACAGUACUGUAGUAAAACCGGGCGUCAUGAGAUAUUUACAGUACUGUAGUAAAGCCGGGCGUCAUGAGAUAUUUACAGUACUGUAGUAAAGCCGGGCGUCAUGAGAUAUUUAAAGUACUGUAGUAAAGCCGGGCGUCAUGAGAUAUUUACAGUACUGUAGUAAAACAAAGUACUGUAGUAAAGCUGGACAUAAUCGUCUGGACCAGGAUUCAUCGAGCAUUUAUGCAUCAACUUACGAAACUUGUACAUCUUACUACGGCUUGAUUUCUAUUUAUGAAAUACUGUAAUUAGCCAGCUGGGAAGCACUAUGAGGAUGUCUAUGAUGACAAUAGCCUCGAGAUGCGAAGUUUCGAAGCUCGUAAACUGUUGAAUAAAUAUCAACAGGUACCAUUAUUGAUGACAAUGUACAGGUGCAUAAGUGGAGCUGGUUUGUAUGGUGAAAACAACAUAAAUGCUGUGCUGUGUUUCUUGCAUUAAUAUUACUGUGAUGUCUCAUUUGUGACAUACCAUACUGUGCUGUAGCAAAAUGUGCACCACACACAAAUGUGCACCACACAUGUAAAUGUAAAAGCAUACUUUAUAUCUAUCCUGUAAAUCAUAAAUAUAAUACUUCUCCCCGUCUCUCCACCCAACCACUUGAUCUGGACGGUAGAGCGACGGUCUUGCUUCAUGCAGGUCGGCGUUCAAUCCCGACUGUCAAAGUGAUUGGGCGCCGUUCCUUUCCCCCGUCCCAUCCCAAAUCCCUAUCCUGAUCCCUUCCAAGUGCUAUAUAGUCGUAAUGACUUGGCACUUUCCCCUGAUAAUUUUCCCACCCCCUCUCGCUCUCCUUCUUUUUUGUCUGUCGUUGUAAAGCUCCCUUUCAUUGAGGUAGACAUUUACACCACACAUCAUUUUCUAACAUUGCUGAAAGUAUUGUGUGUGUGGCAGCCGUGUGAUAGACAAGUAAAUACAUGUAUUUAGAGCUGUAAUUCUAUGCCCUGUGUUAACUUACAUUGAAAGGCAUUUUUUGGCAAAAUAAUGAUCUUGAUUCUAUAUUCUUAGUUAUUUCAUAAGCUGGUAAUUAUAGUUAUUUUGAUACUGUAUGAGGGAUGUGCUGGUAGCCUCUCUUGUGGUGACAUUACUGUGUGCUGGUAGCCUCUCUUGUGGUGACAUUACUGUGUGCUGGUAGCCUCUUGUGGUGACAUUACUGUGUGCUGGUAGCCUCUCUUGUGGUGACAUUACUGAGUGCUGGUAGCCUCUCUUGUGGUGACAUUACUGAGUGCUGGUAGCCUCUCUUGUGGUGACAUUACUGAGUGCUGGUAGCCUCUCUUGUGGUGACAUUACUGAGUGCUGGUAGCCUCUCUUGUGGUGACAUUACUGAGUGCUGGUAGCCUCUCUUGUGGUGACAUUACUGUGUGCUGGUAGCCUCUCUUGUGGUGACAUUACUGUGUGCUGGUAGCCUCUCUUGUGGUGACAUUACUGUGUGCUGGUAGCCUCUCUUGUGGUGACAUUACUGAGUGCUGGUAGCCUCUCUUGUGGUGACAUUACUGUGUGCUGGUAGCCUCUCUUGUGGUGACAUUACUGAGUGCUGGCAGCCUCUCUUGUGGUGACAUUACUCUGUGCUGGUAGCCUCUCUUGUGGUGACAUUACUCUGUGCUGGUAGCCUCUCUUGUGGUGACAUUACUGAGUGCUGGUAGCCUCUCUUGUGGUGACAUUACUGAGUGCUGGUAGCCUCUCUUGUGGUGACAUUACUGUGUGCUGGUAGCCUCUCCUGUGGUGACAUUACUGAGUGCUGGUAGCCUCUCUUGUGGUGACAUUACUGUGUGCUGGUAGCCUCUCUUGUGGUGACAUUACUGAGUGCUGGUAGCCUCUCUUGUGGUGACAUUACUGUGUGCUGGUAGCCUCUCCUGUGGUGACAUUACUGAGUGCUGGUAGCCUCUCUUGUGGUGACAUUACUGAGUGCUGGUAGCCUCUCUUGUGGUGACAUUACUCUGUGCUCUGCUUUUUCCCAAUUCAAUUUCAAAGUCCAGUGAUUAACAAAAAAUAUAAUGAUGCUCAACAUAUCCAUUGUAUAAGAUCAAGGCCACAUAUGGGUGAAUUAAUAUGUUAAAGAACAAUUGUAAUAUUUUGAUGGCAUAUACCCAUAAUGUAAAUCCAAAUUAUUGUUCAAAUUUGAUAGUUGUGGGGAAUUUUUUCAGGUGAAGAGAGGUGUGAUGUUGACUCUGAUAUUGUACAGCCAGUUUACUUUGUGUAUAUGGAGGAAAUGUUUAUAUUUGUUAUAUAUUAGGACUAUUCUGAAAGUGAAAGGUUAUACACUUUCACUUGUAAAUUUGUAGUAAUGAAGUCUUUUAUAAGAAUCGGCUUAGUGCACUUACAUAUCCUAGUAAAGGAUUGGUUAAAUUGAAAGUAAUGUAGUGAA